GUGGACGACGCGGGAAUUUCCUCGGGUAAAUAAAACAAGACAGAUGGCAACACACCGCCGCAGUUCCGUUCAACAAGUCCAUGAUUAUGUGCGUCGAACGAUUAGCAUUGUAGCAUUGUGUUCUUUUCGUUCGAAUAGUGAAUUCUGAUUUUCUUGUGUCGUGAGUGCGAUCGAUAUUAAACAAUAACGCAUCUAAAUUACGAAAAUGAGUCGCUACUGUGUGCCGAGGGCAGCGGCGGUGCUGUGGAUGCUGUUCCUAUUGCUGCCUGGAAUAGGCACCCAGUUUGCUAACCCGAUCAACUCAUUACUGAACUUCGUCACUGAAGGGACUAAGCAACUCGAUAACGAACCUCCUGAUCAGAGGAAUUUGCUGUCAGAAUAUGAUUUCAUCAUAGUAGGAGCAGGCACCGCAGGGUGCGUACUUGCCAAUCGACUCAGCGAAAUCCAAGACUGGAAAAUUUUACUCGUCGAAGCGGGCACAAACGAAAAUUACCUAAUGGAUAUUCCUAUAGUAGCUAAUUACCUACAAUUUACAGCCGCUAAUUGGGGCUACAAAACGAAACCAUCUAACAAAUAUUGUGCUGGUUUUGAAAACAAACAAUGUAACUGGCCCAGAGGAAAAGUAGUUGGAGGUUCAAGUGUACUCAAUUACAUGAUAUACACCAGGGGUUCAUCAGUAGACUAUAACAAUUGGAAGGCGAUGGGAAACGAUGGCUGGGGCUGGGACGACGUACUCCCGUAUUUUAAGAAAAUAGAGAAUUACAACAUACCGUCCUUUGAUGACCCAGAGUACCACGGGCACGACGGGUAUUUGAAUGUAGAGCAUGCGCCUUUCCGCACAAAGAAAGGAAAGGCAUGGGUCAAAGGAGCACAGCAAUUGGGUUUUAAGUAUAACGACCAUAAUGGAAAAAGCCCAGCAGGAGUUUCUUUCCUGCAACUGUCAAUGAAAAAUGGUACCCGUCACAGUUCUAGCCGAGCUUACCUGCAUCCAAUCAAUAAAAGAAAUAAUCUACAUUUGUCAAAGGGCAGCCUGGUGACCCGUAUUAUUUACGACGAUGACACCAAAACUAAAGCCAUAGGAAUCGAAUUGGAGAAAUUAGGAAGAAAAUAUAAAAUAUUGGCUUCGCGUGAAGUGAUUUUAUCAGCGGGGGCAAUAAAUUCUCCACAAUUGUUAAUGUUAUCAGGAAUCGGGCCCAAGAGACAUUUAGAAUCAAUGAACAUAGAAGUCAUUAAGGAUUUACCUGUUGGGUAUAACUUAAUGGACCACAUCGCUGCUGGCGGCGUGCAAUUUAUGGUAAACGAUCAGAGUUUCUCACUGUCAACGGAGUACAUAUUGAGGCAUUUGGAGCUGGUUUUUAAGUGGAUGGCAAAUCAUAAUGGCCCACUCUCUAUUCCUGGUGGAUGUGAAGCGUUGGUAUUCUUGGAUUUAAAGGACAAAUUUAACGCAACCGGUUGGCCCGAUUUGGAGUUAUUGUUUAUCAGUGGCGGUCUAAAUUCAGACCCAUUACUUCCAAGAAAUUUCGGUUUCGACGAACAAAUAUACGCCGACACAUAUGGACCUUUAGGUAAAAAUGAUUUAUUCAUGGUAUUUCCCAUGCUGAUGCGUCCCAAAUCGAGAGGACGAGUGAUGCUGCAAAGCAGAAAUCCAAAAGCGUAUCCCACUUUGAUUCCUAACUAUUUUGAGCACUCUGAGGAUUUACAGAAGAUUGUCGAAGGUAUAAAAAUUGCUAUUGAAAUUUCGAGACAACCGGCCAUGAAGAAAAUCGGAACAAAAUUGUACGAUGUACCCAUAGAGGAGUGUUUGCAAUACGGGCCUUUCGGAAGCGACGCAUAUUUUGCUUGUCAAGCGCAAAUGUUCACGUUUACAAUCUACCAUCAAAGCGGAACUUGUAAGAUGGGGCUGAAGACUGAUCCGACUAGUGUCGUGGAUUCAAGAUUGCGUGUACACGGUAUCUCUAAUUUACGCGUUAUAGAUGCAAGCGUAAUGCCAGAUAUAACAUCGGGACAUACAAACGCUCCAGUAUACAUGAUCGCAGAGAAAGGUUCUGAUAUGAUCAAACAAGACUGGGGUAAAAUAUGAAUUUAAUGAGGAAUGCUCCAAAGAUAUUAUAAUUUAAUUAGAUCUUUUUUUUUUUGGUUCGGUAAUACCUAACCCAGUAUAUUUUAUCACUUAGUUUUUCAUUUCGGUGCAAUUUAUGUUUAGUAAUUUAUUGUAAAGCAUAUCUGUGAUUUUAUUAGGGAUAAGUACUAACUAUAUAUGUAUAAUAAAUAUAUUACUUAAGGUGA